UCGCCUUUUAAUAUGCUAGAUUUAUUCUUCUCUAUCUGAAGAGAAAAUGGGUGAAGUUGUAUCUCUUGAAACAACGUCAGAAAUUUGGUCUUCUCUAACUAGAGUUUAUGAUUCUAAGACUACAGUUAGAAUUAUGGGCUUAAAAACAUAGUUACAAAGUUUGAAGAAAGAUGGAUUAUCUGUUAGUCAAUAUCUAGCUUUGCUGCCAUUGGUGAACCUCUUUCAUAUCGUGAUCAUUUAGCUCAUGUCCUAGAUAGUCUAGGGAGUGAAUACAAUGCCUUUGUUACAUCUAUUCAUAAUAGGACUGAUUCCCCUUCUUUAGAAGAUGUUCGCAGUCUUCUUGUUGCCUAUGAGGCACGUUUGGACAAACAGAAUACGGUCGACUAGCUUAAUAUUGCUUAGGCAAACCUUGUCAAUAUUUCCCUUCAACACAACAAUAAACGCCCUCCUCCGAAGUUCUCCUUCCUCAACCAUUACAAACAAUGUUUUCCUAAUCCUCCUAUUUCUGCUGCUCAAUCUCAAAGUAUACACGGUAAGCCACAGAGUGUUCACAAAUGGCCUCCCAGGCCCUCUGGUUCCAAAACUCAAUGUCAAAUUUGUGGUCAAUUUGGUCAUUCUGCUACUGUGUGUUAUCAUAGAACCAAUCUUGCUUGUCAAAAUACUUCCCCUCAAGCUUUUUAUCAUAAUGUUCAACCUUCACCCACCCAUCCAUCUUCUGUACAUGAAUUUCAACACCCUAAUGAAAGCUGGUUUAUGGAUUUUGGUGCCACUCACCAUAUGACUCCAGACUCCUUCAUCCUUUACAAUCCAGCCCUUAUAAUGGUGGUAAACAAGUCACAGUUGGAAAUGGAUCUUCCGUCCAAGAUGGUUCUUCUUCAGGGAUCGCUUGAGGAUGGAUUAUAUCGUCUCUCUCCUGGUCUACAACGAUCUAUUUCCUAUCCUAUCCACGUUCUUCACCCACUACUGUUUGUUUGUCCUUGGUUAAUUUUGCCCCAACUUGGCAUGUGAGGUUAGGUGACCCUACUGCUUCUACUUUCAAGCAAAUUUUGUCUCUUUGUCAUGUUUCUCCUUCUAAGGAUCAUGUUCCUGAUUUUUGUAAUUCAUGUCAGUUAGCUAUGAGUCAUCAUUUACCUUUUAACUUGUCUACUACAAAAACUACCGAGCCCUUUCAAUUGGUUCAUUCUGAUGAAUGGGGACCUUCCCCUCAAACUUCUGUUAACGGAGCUCAGUAUUUUCUUUUAUUUGUUAAUGAUUUUACUCGAUUUUCCUGGUUAUAUUUAAUUAAGUCCAAACAUGAAACCUUCUCUUGCUUUUUAACCUUUAAGUCUUUUGUUGAAACCCAAUUUGGCAAGUCCAUUAAAUGUCUUCAAACUUAUUUGGGGGGUGAGUUUCGCCGAGUAUCCUCCUUUCUAAAUUCUCAUGGUAUUGGCCAUCGAAUUUCAUUCCCUUAUACUCCUCAGCAAAAUAGGAGGGUAGAGCGUAAAAAUCGUCAUGUUGUUGAAAUCUGUCUUUCUUUACUUGCUCACUCUCAUUUACCCUUAACCUUUUGGAGCUUUGCCUUUCAAACUGCGGUCUUUCUUAUUAAUAGAUUGCCCACUCCUAUUCUUAAUUCUCUCUCCCCUUACCAAAAGCUUUAUGGCUCUAUUAUGGAUUAUCACUUACUUAAAUCGUUUAGGUGUGCUUGUUUUCCUUUUCCCAUCCAUCAACGGAGUGUCUUUUCAUUGGAUAUAGUUCUCAUCAUAAAUGUUACUUGUGUCUUGAACCCUUAGGAUCUGGACAGAUUUAUAUCUCUCGUCUUGUUGUUUUUAAUGAAUCUAGUUUCUCGUGUGCAUCAAAAUCUUUUUCCUUUGGUCCGGUCAAACAAACUUCUUCUCAUUCUUCUUCUUUUUCCUCCACUUCUUUUUCCAUUUUACCCACUUCUUUUUCACCUUCCCUGCCCAUUUUUCCUCUUUCUACUCAUCAUGGUUCAACAACUCCUUCUUGUCUCCCUACUUUUUCUCCUACAUUUUCUCAUUGUGACAAUGCUCACCAUCACACCACUACUUCAGUUUCUGCAACACAAAAUUCUUUGCCUAUUACUUCCAUCUCCCAUCCAUCCCCUACCACUAAUACUAGCUCGUCUCCAUUUGUUCCCUCACCUACUGCCAUUUCUGAAAAACAGUGAAUCCCAUGCCACUCCAUUUGUCUCCUCUCCCACUACCAUUUCUGACAAUAGUGAAUCUCAUGUCCCUGCCAUCUCCGAAAGCCCUACCUCAGUGACCACUCAACCCCAUAUCACCAAUGUUCAUCCUAUGAUAACACGUGCCAAACCCGGAUUUUUAAACCUAAGGCAUGGCUUACCUCUUCUACCAUUUUCCAUCCUCUUCCAAGUGAACCCACCUCUUUUCGGACUGUUGUUAAAUGUGUUGAAUGGAAAGAUGCUAUGGCUAAGGAAUAUCAAGCUUUGGUUAGUAAUGGUACUUGUGAUCUUGUCGAACCAUCAUCCGUGUAUAAGGUUAUUGGAUUUAAGUGGGUAUAUAAAAUCAAGUUACGACCAAAUGGAGAGAUUGAGAGGUAUAAAGCUCGUUUGGUGGCUCGCGGUUUUGACCAAGCUUGUGGGAUUGAUUACUUUGAGACUUUUAGCCCAAUUAUUAAACCGGCCACUAUUCGUGUUGUUAUUUCUCUUGCCGUUCAGUUCAAAUGGCACAUUCGGCAACUCAAUGUACAUAAUGCCUUUUCAAAUGGUGAUGUUCAAGAGGAUGUGUAUAUGUCUCAACCCCAAGGUUUUGUUGAUGUAGAUAAACCUUCUCAUGUGUGUAAAUUGUGAAAGGCAUUGUAUGGAUUGAAACAAAGUCCUCGUGAAUGGUUCUUGAAACUGAGUAUAUGUCUAGUUCAGUGGGAAUUUCAAGGUUCGAAAUUAGAUACCUCGAUGUUUGUUUAUAACAAGAAAUCUGUUUUGGUUAUAAUUUUGAUUUAUGUGGAUGAUAUUUUGGUUACUGGAAAUAGCCUCUCUUUUAUACAACACUUUAUUUCUUCCUUAAAUUCCAUGUUUGCUUUAAAGGACUUGGGUGAACUAUCUUACUUCUUGGGUAUGCAAGUCCUUUGAUGUGGUGAUUAGUUACAUAUAUCUCAACAUAAGUAUUUCACUGAUCUCCUACAACGAGCGAAUAUGGUUCAUUGUAAACCUCUUGAUACUCCGAUGGCUACUGGUAAAGUACUUUCUCUUAAUGAUAGAGAUCUAUUUCAUGAUCCAUCUCUUUAUCGUACCAUUGUCGGUGCUCUUCAGUAUUGCACUCUUAUUUGUCCUGAUUUGAGCUUUUAUGUCAAUAUAGUGUGUCAAUUUCUCCAUGCCCCAACGGUAGUACAUUAGCUUGUUGUCAAGCGUAUUCUUCGCUAUAUUAAACAUACAGAUAGGGCUUGGAAUCACCUUUGCAUACUCACCUCAUAAAGCUUUAACUUGUUAUACUGAUGUUGAUUGGGCCAGUUAUCCAGAUGAUCGUCGGAGUACUAGUGGUUUUUGUAUUUUCCUUGGUAAUAAUUUGGUCUCUUGGUCUUCAUCCAAACAGAAAGUUGUAUCUCGUUCCAAUGUUGAGUUCGAGUAUCGAGGAAUGUCUAAUGCCACUCCUGAAUUAAUAUGGAUCCAAUCUGUUUUGUCAGAAAUUGGUGUUUCUUUAUCCUCGAUUCCUUUACUUCUGUGUGAUAAUAUUAGUGCCACAUACUUGGCUGCAAACCCAGUGUUACAUAAACGAUCUAAGCACAUCGAAAUUGACUAUCACUUUAUU